AUGAUCCUCUCACUCGCCUACUGGCCCAUCGGGCAAUCUGACCUCCACCACCUCGGAGCCAUCAUCAUUGUAGCAGGAACAGCAAUUAUCCUGAUCACUGCCUUCGCACUAGUAAUAACAUCCCGCCGAUGGGCCAAUACCGGCGUCCCUUUCGUCACGGGAAAAGGCCCCUUGUCAAUCCUCUACCAGCACUACCGCUUCAUAAUCGACGGACCAGGCCUAAUCAAAGAAGGCUGCAUCCGUUUCUCAGACGGGCUUUUCGAAAUUCCUCGUACCUUUCGUCCUGGUCAGGUAAUACUUUGCAAACCCGAAUUAAUCGAGGAAUUGAAAAAUGCCUGCCGUACGGAAGCAUCUCCGGAGCCGUGGAUCGAUCAAUUACUCCAGAUCUCGCAUGUGAUGCCUGGCUAUUUCCCCAAGGGUGGUGGUUGGCCUGCUAUUGCGAAGACUACGCCUGGUGUUAUUCGGGGAACCCUUUAUAAGCAGUUGGAUAGGUAUGUGCCCUCUAUGAAUGCGGCUGUUAUUUCUCAAUUGGGGAUGUUGGAAUUUACGGAUGGUGAAUGCUCGCUUUCUUGCUUCGACUUUGCAUAUUCUGUUGUUGCUCGCAGUGGGAGUUUUUCGUUGGUUGGAGAACAACUCGCUGGAAAUGAGGAAUAUUUGAAGGCUGUGAAGGAGCAUAUCCUUGGGAUGAUCAUGACUACUCGCUUGCAAUUUCUGAUUCCGGAUGCUUUGAAGGGGUACUUUGGUGGGUUUUUUAGUCGGCUUGCUGUUAUGUGCACGAAGUGGAAUAUGCAUGCCUCGCGCAAGAUUCUGCUGAAGCACUUUGAUGCAAGGGCAGCAGAGUACAAGAUUGAUAUGUCGAGAAAUUCAACGGAUAGGGAGAAUCAAGAACCCUCUGAGAAGCCGGUUGAGAUUUUCCAUUGGCUCUACGAGAUCUCUAUUCUUCGUCAAAGAUGGACUUAUUCCGAGGUGAUUGGAGAGAUGCUGCUCCUCCAAUUCGCAUUCAUCUAUACAACAGCCUACGGUCUAUAUGGAGCAUUAGCUGAACUCGCUCAGCACCCAGAAUACAUCCCUGCGCUCCGCGAAGAAGUCGAAACUACCGUCUCGGAGAUGGGAAGCAACGUCGUCGCCUGUGAUAAAAUGGUCUUGAUGGACAGCUUUCUCAAGGAGUGCCAGCGAAUCCACCCCCCUGCAGCAGUGUCCGCUCAUCGGGUUUGCGUUACAGAGGUUCAUCUCUCAAACGGUGUCGUGCUCAAACCCGGAACGCACAUCGGAGUCCCGAGUGGCUGGAUUCAGCGUUCUAGUAAGACAUACAUGAAUCCGGAAGUCUUCGAUGGGUUUCGAUUUGCGAAACGUGCAACAGCGGGUGCAUCGGGGACCAAGCUCGUAGACGUGAGUCCUGAUUAUCUGGUCUUUGGGAUGGGCGUGCAUGCCUGUCCUGGCCGGUGGAUGGCAAGUGUGCUGAUGAAAUUAGCGCUUGCGCAUCUAGUGUUGCAUUUUGAUAUCCUUCCUGAUGGAAUUCACGGGCCGUUGACAGGAUCGUUGUCAUUUGAGGAGUUUUAUGUGCCCAAUUUUGGGCUGAAGUUGCGGUUGCGGCGCAGAAGUACAAAGUAG